AUGGAGAAGACCUACUCAUUGACAGCACACUACGAUGAGUUUCAGGAGGUGAAGUACGUGAGCAAGUACCAGAGUGGGACCCUGCCCAAUGGCUUUGCCCUCCAGCUGGGCGCAGGGGCCAAGAAGCGCCGUGGGGGGCUGCCACGCUGGAGCCGCCGGGAGGUCUGUCUGCUCUCAGGGCUGGUCUUUGCUGCGGGGCUCUGCGUCAUCUUGACGUGCAUGUUGGUCCUCAAGUACCUGGCGGCCGAAGGGGACAGCUACUGCCUGGAGGGGUGCCAGGAGAAGAAGGCCUUCCUGAGGGCAUCCCGCUUCCUGAGCGCCAACAUGGACUCUACCAUCGACCCUUGCCAGGACUUCUACUCCUUCGCCUGUGGCGGCUGGCUCCGGCGACACGGCAUCCCCGAGGACAAGCUGGUGUACGGCACCAUCGGGGCCAUCGCCGAGCAGAAUGAGGCCAAGCUGCGGGCGCUGCUGAGCCGCCCCGUGCGGCGCCGAGCCCGCGCCUCGGCAGAGAGGAAGGUCAAGGAGUUCUUCCGCUCGUGCCUGGACCGGGCUGAGAUCGAUCGGCUCGGCCCCCGGCCCAUGCUGGAGGUCAUUGGGGAGUGCGGUGGCUGGGAUGCCCCUCCGGACCGCAGGGACAUCAACGAGCUGCUCUACAAGACUCAGGGGGUCUACAGUGCUGCCGUGCUCUUCUCCCUCACCGUCAGCCUGGACGAGAGGAACACUUCCCGCUACGUCAUCCGGAUCGACCAGGAUGGGCUGACCCUGCCUGAACGGACCCUCUACCUUGGGCAGGAUGAGGAGAGCGAGAAGAUCCUGGCUGCAUACCGAGUGUUCAUGGAGCGACUGCUCACCCUCCUGGGGGCUGAGCACGUGGAGCAGAAAGCCCAGGAGAUCCUGCAGCUGGAGCAGCACCUCGCCAAUAUUACAGUGUCCGAGUAUGAUGACGUGCGGAGGGACGUCGGCAGCAUGUACCACAAAGUGACCCUGGCCGAGCUGCAGCGCAUCACCCCCACGCUCAAGUGGAAGCGAUUGCUGGACCGCAUCUUCCACGACAGCUUCUCGGAGCAGGAGGAGGUGGUGCUGCUGGCCACCGACUACAUGCACAGGGUGUCUGACCUCAUCCGUGUGACACCCAGCAGGAUCCUUCACAACUACAUGCUGUGGCGCAUCGUGGUGGUGCUGAGCGAGCACCUCUCCACCCCGUUCCGCGAUGCCAUCCACGAGCUCUCCAAGGAGAUGGAGGGCAAUGAGAAGCAGCUCGAGCCGGGUAAGAUCUGCCUGAGCCAGGCCAACAAGCACUUUGGCAUGGCCCUGGGAGCCCUCUUCGUUGAGGAGCACUUCUCCUCUGCCAGCAAAGCCAAGGUGCAGCAGCUGGUGGAGGACAUCAAAUACAUCCUUGACCAGCGCCUGGAUGAGCUGGACUGGAUGGACGAGGAGACACGGAGAGCAGCCAGGGCCAAGCUCCGGUAUAUGAUGGUGAUGAUUGGGUACCCCGAUUUCCUCCUGAAGCCAGAGGCCAUCGACAAGGAAUAUGAGUUUGAGGUGGAUGAGAAGACCUACUUCAAGAACAUCCUCAACAGCAUCGCCUUCAGCAUCAGGCUCUCGGUGAAGAAGAUCCGGCAGGAGGUGGACAAAUCUGUGUGGCUGCUGCCUCCCCAGGCACUGAAUGCCUACUACCUGCCCAACAAGAACCAGAUGGUGUUCCCUGCUGGCAUCCUGCAGCCCACCCUCUACGACCCCGAGUUCCCGCAGUCGCUGAACUAUGGUGGGAUUGGCACCAUCAUUGGGCACGAGCUGACCCAUGGCUAUGAUGACUGGGGGGGACAGUACGACCGGCACGGGAACCUGGUGCACUGGUGGACGGAGCGGUCGUACAGCAAGUUUCUGAAGAAGGCGCAGUGCAUUGUCAACCUCUACGACAACUUCACUGUCUACAACCAGAGGGUGAAUGGCAAACACACACUGGGGGAGAACAUCGCUGACAUGGGGGGGCUCAAACUCGCCUACUACGCCUACCAGAAGUGGGUGCGGGAGCACGGCCCCGAGCACCCCCUGCACCACAUGAAAUACACACACGACCAGCUCUUCUUCAUCGCCUUUGCCCAGAACUGGUGCAUCAAGCGGCGAUCCCAGUCCAUCUACCUGCAGGUGCUGACAGACAAGCACGCCCCGGAGCACUACAGGGUCCUGGGCAGUGUCUCGCAGUUUGAGGAGUUUGGACGUGUCUUCCACUGCCCCAAGAACUCGCCCAUGAACCCGGUGCACAAGUGCUCGGUGUGGUGA